CAACCAUCGAGCUGGCAGCCGCUGCGGUGCAGAGCGGAGCCGGGGCUGGGGGAGGAGAGACCGAGAGAGGGGCCCGGGCACCUUCCUGCGCCCAGCCCGGCGUGUGCACCGUAGGAUUUUCUGUUGUGAGCUCCUGCGGAUGUGACCACAGUCGGGCCUGGAGGAAAGGACAACACCGGAGAGAAACCAGAGUUCAAAGCCCUUGACGAUGGAGCUCAGUAGUGUAAUCCCCAUUGUACAAGUGGGGAAACUGAGGCACGGAGCAGGAUGGUCGCCCAGGAGGCCAGAACCGGGAAUAGAAGCCAGGUGCCCUGAGUCCCGGUGCUCUAUCCGCUAGGCCACGCUGCCUCUCACCAGAAAUGGGGCAGCAGGAGCAACUCACGGCUAGAUUCUCUGUCCUCACAGGAAGCAGGGAAGAAAGAAGGGGAGCCCUGAAGCUGCCUGGGAAGAGCCAAAGGGAACAGUCCUGGUAGCGAAGCCAGGCUGCACAUAGGCUCGUUGGAGGAUUGGCCACGCCCAUAACCCCAGGCUGCUGGAGCCCCCCACCAGCCACGCCCAUGGGUGAGAAGGCCAACACGUGCCCGUACUGCGGCAAGGGCUUCCGGCGCAGCUCCCACCUGACCCGGCACCUGGGCACCCACUCAGGCGGAGAGCAGCGCUCCUAUGCCUGCAGCCACCGUGGCAAGGGCCCGGCCCUGGCUCCACCGCCGGCGGGCGAGCGCCCCUACGCCUGCACCCACUGCGGGAAAGCCUUUGGGCGCAGCGCCCACCUGGCCCGGCACCAGGAGACCCACUCCGGCGAACGCCCCUACAAGUGCACCUACUGCGGGAAAGCCUUCGGGCGCAACGCCCACCUGACCCGGCACCAUGGCACCCAUACUGGCGAGCGUCCCUACCAGUGCGGCAUAUGUGGCAGGGCCUUCACCCGCGACGCCCACCUGACCCGGCACCAGCUCGUCCACACUGGCGAGAAGCCAUUCCAGUGUGGCGUCUGUGGCAAAGCCUUCACCCGCAGCGCCCACCUGGCCCGGCACCAGGGCACCCACACGGGCGAGAAGCCCUUUGAGUGCGGGGUCUGCGGCAAAGCCUUCACCCGCGACGCCCACCUGGCCCGACACCGGGCCACUCACACCGGCGAGCGCCCCUACAAGUGCGCCGACUGCGGGAAGGGCUUCGGAGCCACCUCCCACCUCCUCCGCCACCAGAGGACCCACCAGGAGUAGCUGCCCCGGCGUAGAGCGUGAACCACUGCCCCUUGGUUCCCACGCCCCCAGUGCCCUCCUCCAUCAUGGGAGGAGAGGGCAUGGGAAUCAGGGGCACCAGUUCCCACACUGCCACCUUGUGGGGUGUCUCUCCCGUAUGGGGAACUGAGGGGGUGUCAGCUGUCACGCCCGCUCCUGCUGGGGCACUCCUCGCCCAUGGGGGGUGUGGGACUCAGGGAGUGCCAGCUCCUAUGCCACCUCUUCCCAGAGUGCACCAUCUUCCGGGGAGGGCGUGGGAACCAAGGGGGCACCAAUUCCCACACUGCCACUCUCUGGGGUGCUCGUCCCCCGGAGGGAGAGCUGGUGCCCCCGCUGACACACACUGACAUGCUCCUACCCCCCUGGGCUACGGUUGGGAACCGAGAGGGGAGCAGCAUUCCCUGUGCCCACAUCCAAGCUGCUGCAACAACCGUACAGGAGGAUCUGACCCAGAGUUGGAUUCCGGGCAUCCUUGGGGCGUGGAUGGUAACGUGGGCCCCCUGGGGAGCACACAGUAUCACCGGCCCCGCAGCCAGUCUGCCCUGCGAACGGACGAUGAUCCAGCCCUAUCUAAAACCUCGUUCGGACAGAGAGAUUGACUGAAACUGCAGCCCCAGGUGGGCGCACUCUUCCGAGGGAAAAGGGACUCAAUCCCAGGACAAUCACUCUGCCCCCAAAGCAACCCCCCUGCCCAGCCCUGGUGGCAGGCUCAGAUGCCUUCUGCUCUGCCAGGCCGGUCACAGGCGCUAGCCCCCUCAGCCCUUGCCAGGCUUGGCCUCACCCCUUCCCAGCAGGGCGAGCCAGCCCCAGGGUGCUGGCCCUCAGAGGAGCAGGCCAGCCUGGUCCAGGGAGUGAAUCCGGAAUAGCUCUGUCAGACGGCACUAGCCAGCGUGGAGAAGUUAGUCUGGAACAGCCAGGCCAAGCUGCUUCCCUCAGUGUAGACAUGGUGUGAGAGCACGCACAGGCAGCGUGCCAAGACAAGAACAGCGUGUGUGUGUGUGAGAAACCUUUUGUGCCUCUGUGUGUGUGUGUGUGUGAGAGAGAGAGAAACCUCCUUAUGUGUCCGUGUGUGUGUGUGAGAAACCUCCUUGUGUGUCCGUGUGUGUGUGAAACCUCAUGUGGAUGUCCGUCCAUUCAUGUGUGUGAAAUGUCAUGUGUGAAACUUCCUCCUACUUAUCCAUGAGUGUGUGUGUGAUAAACCUCCUUAUGUGUGUAUAUCCGUGUGUGUGUGGAACUCUGCCAGAGGAUGUUGUGAAGGCCAAGACUAUAACAGGGUUAAAAAAAGAGCUAGAUACAUUCAUGGAGGAUAGGUCCAUCAAUGGCUAUUAGCCAGGAUGGGCAGGGAUGGUGUCCCGAGCCUCUGUUUGCCAGAAGCUGGGAAUGGGUGACGGGAUGGAUCACUUGAUGAUUCCCUGUUCUGUUCGUUCCCUCUGGGGCACCUGGCAUAGGCCACUGUCAGGAGACAGGAUACUAGGCUAGAUGAACCUUUGGUCCGAACCAGUGUGGCCAUUCUUAUGUGUGUGUGAAACCUCCUCGAGUGUGUGUGAGAGACUUCCUGCCAUGUGUGCAGGUGUGAAACCUCCGUGUGUGCAUGUGUAUGUGAAGCCGCCUCUCCUGUGUGUGUGUGAAACUUCCUAUGUGCAUGUGUCUGUAUGAAACCUUGUGUGUGUGUGAAACCUCCUCCUGUGUGUGUUUGUAUCUGAAACUUCCGUGUGUGUGUGUGUGUGUGAAAUAGGGUUGCCAAUUUUGGCUGGACAUAUUCCUGGAGGUUUCAUCACAUGACAUAAUCUUUAAUUAAAGAUUGAUCUUUAAUUUCUGGAUACUCCAGGACAAUCCUGAAGGGUUGGCAACCCUAGAGUGAAACGUGUGUGUGUGUGUGAGAGAGAGAGAGAGAGAGAAACCUCCUUGUGUGUGUCCCGCGUGUGUAUGAGAGAGCGAAACCUCCUUGUGUGUGUGUGAGAGAGAAUCCUCGUGCGCGUGUGUGAAAGAGAACCCUCCUCCUGCAUGCAUGUGAGAACCCUCCUGCGUGUGCGUGUGAGAGAGAACCCUCCUUGUGCAUGUGUGUGUAUGUGAGAGAGACAGAGAUACAAACACAGACACGCACAUGUGAGGGAGGAGGUUUUGAUCCCGAACCUUGGAAGAGGGGUGCACUUGCUGUGGGACCAGCAGGUCUCUGUGGGGUUGUCAGAGGAGCACAGAGGCUGCAGGAGGAUAUUUCUGGCCUCUGCCCCAUCUCCGCAUGGAGGCUGUGUACACACUGCACUGUAAACCUGGGUCUGGAGGAGCUGGGCCUGUGCACUCUGUGUGUCCAAGCCCACACCGUCUGCGUUGUAAACCUGAGUUUACAAAUGCUGGCCCCGAUCCCCCAGCUGGGCUAGCAUGUCCACACUGCACUGCGUGGCCCUUCUGCCUUGGGGCUGCAGCUUGAGCUGCAUCCACACUGCAAGAUACCGGGGCUAAGACCCGUGUCGCAGCAGGACUCUGGCUGGGACCCACCCCCACCCCAGCAGGGCCCUGGGCCCUGAGCGCUUGCUGAACCAAGUCAGACCAACAUGUGUGUGGACGGCAGGGGGGCCUGGGUCUCAAACCUGAGUCAGAGCCAGGCUUAGUGUGCAGUGUAGACACACCCUGAGGGAGCUGGCCAUUUUCCCUCAGUCAAAAUGGCUGCUCUCUCCUGUUUUGGGGGGGGGGGGCCACGAAUGAAACCAGCCUGUGCUGUAGAGCGUGCCCCCUCCCUACAACGACCCAUUGAGGGGGCCAGGGGGCAGGAAACAAGGGCAGGGGGAUGUGGGAAUGGGGGCAGGGGGAUGUGGGGGGCAGAAAGGUUGAAGGGUCACAGGGAUCUGGGGGGGGCAGGGAUGUGGGAUAUAGAGGGCAGGAAGGGGUUGCAGGGAAAUGUGGAGAGCUGAGAGGUCAGAGGGGCAGGUGGGGGCAGCAGGGAGGCUGGGGGCAGCCUGAAGGACAGGAGGGAGAUCACAGGGGCAGGAGGAGGAUGGGGGGGCUGGAAGAGGGGUAGGAGGAAAGGCUGAGGCAGGGCAGGAGGGGGACAGGGAGAUAUGGAGGUGUAGGGGCAGGAGGCAGGGCUCAGAGGGAGAUGGGGGUGGGUGGCAGAGAGAGGCUGAGGAAUGGCUCAGGGUCAGAUGAGGGGUAGGAGAGUGAGGGGAGCCCCGGGGGGGGUGGGCAGGAAGGAACAAGUGGAGGGUUGGAAAGGAAAAAGCAGGGAAACCAGGGGCAGACAGCAGAGAGGCUGGGUGGUGUGGGGAGAGAGGCAGCCCCCAGCCCUAGGGGGUGGGGUGCAUUCCAGGCUGAACCCCAGAUGCUCUCACACCCGUAGGGAGCCGGCGCUUUCCCCAGCCAAGCUCAGAACCACAAGGUGGGUCCCGUCCCCCCUGACCAUGCCCCCUAAUUAUUAUUCGUUGACAAAUUUGAUUUUUCAGACAGGCACCGGAGCUUGGCCCCUCGGGGCUGGCAGCGUCUCCAGCCACAGGUCACCUUCCAGCAACUCCCAGCCGCCUCUUCCUGGGGGUGCGAUUGUGGCCAGUCCCCGAUGUGCCACUCAACAAGGGGGCAGCUGGCACGCCCACAGGGCCAUGCAGUGAGGUAGAAUUGGCAUCCCAAGUGGCUUGGCCAUGACCUCGCGGGACUGUCCCAGGAGCCUUUGGGCCCCAUGGAGAGCUGUGCCCACUGUGUCUUGGGGCUGUUGUGGCCUCCUCUCUGAUGGAUGCCGCACGGGGGAUACUUGGGUUCGCUCCCGGUCGCUGUCCCCUCUCUCCUUACAACAAGGCACCUGCUCCACUGGGCACAGAGAGCAAGGAGGGGCCGAUCUCUGAGGAUGGGCUCCGUCACGCUGCCAUGGCACGGGGACAUGCUGGGGCAGGGUGGGGGAGACAUGCAGUGCCAGGUACUUUACCACAUUUGUCUUUGGUAGAUUGUAUUGUUAGUGGCCCCACUCCAGUGCCAGAGGCACAGUGGCUGAAAUGGGAGUGGCCUCCUAGUGCUCCCUCCCUUUCCCACACCCGCCCCCCCGUUUUCCUAGCACUGUGUUUUUCAGGGGUUAUCCUCUAUUUUCUAAUCGUGCUAACGAUGUCUGUCUCGAUCUGAAAUAAAUGCUCUUUGCCCAACCCG